AUGUCCGUAAUUCCACAAAAUCGAAAACGAAAAAGAAAUGUUGAAAAUCGACAGGUUUACGUCGGAAAUAUGCCAUUUGAUGCUACUGAGAAAGAGAUUGAAGCAGUGUUUUCCGUGAUGGGACCGAUUAAAUCGAUUUGGAUGGCAAAAAGGCCACCUGGAUUCGCAUUUGUUACAUUUAAGCGGACUGUUCAUGCAUUUGACGCUGUGAAAUAUCUUAAUGGAAAAAAGAUCUGUGAUUUGGAAGCAAAAGUCGAGAUGUGUGAGGUAGAUUUCAAAGAGGAUUUGAGAAGGAGAAUGGAGUUGGAGAACUUGAAGAGACAAAAUAUUUAA